GAAUUCACCACCAAUGAGACAACCGUGACAUUGGUUCCUCCUCAUCCAACUGGUACUGAAUUCACAAGAUCGGAGACUACCAUGGCAAACUCCCCUUCUCUUCCAAUGACAGAGACAUCCACACCCAAUGCCAUAACAGCUUCAGUGCACACCACAGUGGAAACAAGCAACAGUGAGACAACCUCAGCCACAUCCUCUCCACCGCCAACGGUGACCAGCUCUUCCCCCCACAGCACCUUCUUGACUCCUGUCUCUCACACAACCCUUUCCGAAACCACCAAUGAUGAAACGACUCUGUCAACAACAGUUUCUGCUCCAGCUUCAACAGAAUUUACCAACUAUGAAACAACAUUGUCAACAACACCCUCUGCAUCUGCUCCAUCUGAAACAUCCCCUAGCAAGACAGUGGCCACGAGAGCUACUUACUCUGCAGUUGUAUCAACAUCUUCCAGGGAGAUAACAACACGUGUGUCUCUCUCAACACUACCUGAAACGUUCCCCAGUGAGACAACCGUAACAACAACUUCUCUUCCCCCUACUUUUAGUGAAUAUACAAGCAGUGAGACUCCCAUGGCAACCUCCCUUCCGGUCCUGAGCACUGAAUCCAUAUCCAAGCCCAGCGCUACCAGCCUGACCUCCACGGCCGAGACCCACACCGUCUCUGAGUCUGUUCCCUCGUCCAGUGCUUCAAGCCUGACCUCCGGAGCCGAGGCCAGCACUGUCUCUGAGCCAGUCUCCACACCCAGCGGUUACAGCCCAAGCUCUGCGACCGAGGCCAGCACCAUGUCCGAGUCCAUCUCCACGCCCAGCCCUGCCAGCCCAACAUCCACCGCCGAGGCCAGCACCAUCACACAGCCAGCGGUCUCUGAAUUCACCAGCAAUGAGACAACCGUGACAUUGGUUCCUCCCCAUCCAACUGGUAGUGAAUUCACAAGUACGGAGACUACGCUAGCAAACUCCCCUUCUCUUCCAAUGACAGAGACAUCCACACCCAAUGCCAUAACAUCUUCAGUGCACACCACAGUGGAAACAAGCAUCAGUGAGACAACCUCAGCCACAUCCUCCUCACCGCCAACGGUGACCAGCUCUUCCCCCCACAGCACCUUCUUGACUUCUGUCUCUCACACAACCCUUUCUGAAACCACCAACGAUGAAACGACUCUGUCAACAACAGUUUCUGCUCCAGCUUCAACAGAAUUUACCAACCGUGAAACAACAUUGUCAACGACAACCUCUGCGUCCGCUCCAUCUAUAACAUCCACUAGCGAGACAGUGUCCACGAGAGCUACUCACUCUGCAGUUGUAUCAACAUCUUCCAGGGAGAUAACAACAAGAGUCUCUCUCUCAACACUACCUGAAACUUUCCCCACAUCUUCCAGUGAAAGUCCCAUACGGACGACUGUCACACAGCCAGUGGUCUCUGAAUUCACCACCAAUGAGACAACCGUGACAUUGGUUCCUCCUCAUCCAACUGGGACUGAAUUCACAACUACAGCAGAAAGCCCCACCAGUGAGACAAACUUGACAACAGUCACAUCCCAGCCAACUGUAGUGACAUCUUCCACGGAGAGUACCACAAUGACAUCUGUAUCCCAUACAACCGUGCCUGAAUUCCCCGCCAGUGAGAGAACCAAGGCAACUAGUCCUUCCACUAUUACGACUGAAUUCCCAAAUAAUGGGACCACCGUAGCCUCAACUCCAUAUGUCCCAAGUACAGAACUCACUCACAACCAAACGACAGUGGCAACAACUCUUUCUGCGUCUGCUACAAGCGAAAUCUCCACCAGUGCGACAAGCUUGACAACAGCCUCCUCUCAGCCCAUUGUGUCAACAUCUUCCAUCGAGAGUAGCACAAUGACGUCUGUGUCCCAUACAACCUUACCUGAAUACACCAGCAAUAAGACAACCGUGACGUUGGCCCCUCUCCAUCCAACUCGUACUGAAUUCACGAAUACGGAAAGUAGAGGAGUAACAACUCUUUCUGUCCCUAACACAGGGGAAUUCAGCAGCCGACAGACAACUUUCACAACAGUCUCUCCUCAGCCGACUGUGACCACAUCUUCCACCAAGGCUACCGUAAAGACAAAAGCGACAACCAUAUCUUCAUCCACCGCCAACGAGACCACCCUGGUGCCAACAUUUUCCUACUCAAGUCCUCCGGCAUCCACCCACAAUGAGACACUGCCAGUGACAACCCGUUUUGUUCCAAGUCCAACCAAAUCCACCACCCAUGAGAAAACGUUGACGACGACUGUUUCUUUGCCUACCGCCGCAAGGUCCACCUCCGGCGUCUCUAGCACAGUGAUGACUUCAGAGCCAGCCACAAGUCGAGUGUCUUCUACACGGUCUAUGGUUCCUCCUCUUCCCGUCUCGACAGGCUCUUCGGCUCCCACGAGGAAACCCAGCACCGUGACCAGCCAUUUCACCCAGACUCAGUCUAGCAGCACACGUACUUCCAUGACUGUGCCAACCAAAAUCCCAGUGACCAGCAGCCACCCCGCAAACACCACUGGUACCACAACCACUGCGGUUCCCGCCACCACGCUGGAGCCCCUGAGGUGCCAGAACGGAGGGACACCCCUUGCGAACAAGUGUCUCUGCCUGCCCGGCUUUACAGGGGAGCAGUGCGAAACGGUGAUGAACGACGUCAACGUCGAUGUGGUGUCGGCGGAGAUCAAUGUCACCGUGGUGGUGACGAACGCGAACUUCUCCCCAAGCCUGGAGGAUCCGACGUCCGAGGCGUUCAAAGCGUUUGUGGAAACCUUCAUCAUCCUGAUGGACCCGAUCUACAAGCAGACGGUGCCCGGGUUCCUGCGCAUCGAGGUGAUCCGGCUGAGCAAGGGCAGCGUGGUGGUGGAUCACCGCGUGGUCCUGGAGGUGCCCUACGCCACCUACGCCAGCGCCUACACCGAGGCCGUGGCCAACGUCACCGCGCGGCUCAACGCCACCAAUUGCACCGGCGCCUCGGCCGCCUCCUCUCGGGCUCAGUUACAGGAAUUGUGCUUCAGAGCCAACGCGACUCACGUCAACACCGUCCCCCUGAGGACAGCAGGCAUAUGCCUGAACAACUCGACCAUCAGCUCGUCCUUCCAGAAAUACUUCCUGCCCGUCAACGUCUCGGGGCGCCUGAUGUGCGUCUCCAACUGCAGCGUCCACCACCCCGAGCCCUACGGCUGCAAUGGCCGGGGGUACUGCUACAUCCAGCCCGGGGGACCCACCUGCUACUGCCAGCACUCGGACUGGUACUGGUUCACGGGCAGUCACUGCGAGCAAGUCGUGAGCAAGGUGGGCGUGGCAGUGGGGGUUGCACUCGGCCUGGCCGUGCUGCUGCUGGUGAUUCUCAUCCUGGCCAUCUGCCUCUGCUGGCGCCAGCGCUGGAGCGGCAAGCACAGCGUGGCGGACCUGGAGGAGAGCCAGGAGCAGUGGUACAGCAACGAGGAGUGGGAGUGGAAGGCGCCCCCCCCGGGAGUCGCGGCCAGCACCCCGUCCGCCCCCAGCUGGCCAGGUCACGUCCCAGAGACUGAGGGCGGCGGCCGCAGCCACAGAGUCUCCUCGUCCUUCCGGCCUUCGCUGGACAAAGUGGACACGUCCCUGCAGGCUAAUGUGGCCCAUCGCAGGAGCUUUGCCUCCGGGCCAGGUCUGCCAGCCCCACCCUUUGCCAGGCUAACGAUCAACCCGCUCGUUAGGCAGCAGAGGCGGAGCCUGGCUUGGGGCCCAACCAAUGGGGGUGAAUGUGGCAAUGCACCCAUGGAGCAGGGGCACGCCGAGCAAUCUACCUAUCCCGACCCAUACAUCCCUUCCAUUGACAUGACAGAAAAGAUCGUGUUCUUGGCCAUAGCCGCCAUGAUCACAGACAGAACCACCACAACCAUGUUCUGGAAAACGGGCUUCUACAACUAUAACCCGAACACGACUGAGACCUUCAUCCCUUCCUCCACCAUGAUGGCCUCCAGCACCAACUCCACCACUCCCACCGCCACCACCAGCCCGGCCUCCGGCCAAAACAUCCCCACUCCCACCGCAACCGCCAGCCCGGCCUCCGGCGACACCUUAACCACUGCCGCCACCACCACCCCGGCCUCCGGCGACACCUUAACCACUGCCGCCACCACCACCCCGGCCUCCGGCGACACCUCCACCACUCCCGACGCCACCACCACCCCGGCCUCCGGCGACACCUCCACCACUCCCGACGCCACCACCCCGGCCUCCGGCGACACCUCCACCACUGCCGCCACCACCACCCCGGCCUCCAGUGAAACCUCCACCACUCCCGACGCCACCACCCCGGCCUCCGGCGACACCUCCACCACUCCCGACGCCACCACCCCGGCCUCCGGCGACACCUCCACCACUCCCGACGCCACCACCCCGGCCUCCGGCGACACCUCCACCACUCCCGACGCCACCACCCCGGCCUCCGGUGACACCUCCACCCCGGCCUCCGGCGACACCUCCACCACUGCCGCCACCACAACCCCGGCCUCCAGUGAAACCUCCACCACGCCCGACGCCACCACCACGGCCUCCGGCGACACCUCCACCACUCCCGACGCCACCACCCCGGCCUCCGGCGACACCUCCACCACUCCCGACGCCACCACCCCGGCCUCCGGUGACACCUCCACCCCGGCCUCCGGCGACACCUCCACCACUGCCGCCACCACCACCCCGGCCUCCGGCGACACCUCCACCACUCCCGACGCCACCACCACCCCGGCCUCCGGCGACACCUCCACCACUCCCGACGCCACCACCCCGGCCUCCGGCGACACCUCCACCACUCCCGACGCCACCACCCCGGCCUCCGGCGACACCUCCACCACUCCCCCCGCCACCACAACCCCGGCCUCCAGUGAAACCUCCACCACGCCCGACGCCACCACCCCGGCCUCCGGCGACACCUCCACCACUCCUGACGCCACCACCCCGGCCUCCAGCGACACCUCCACCACUCCCGCCGCCACCACCCCGGCCUCCGGUGACACCUCAACCACUGCCGCCACCACCACCCCGGCCUCCGGCGACACCUCCACCACUCCCGACGCCACCACCCCGGCCUCCGGCGACACCUCCACCACUCCCGACGCCACCACCCCGGCCUCCGGCGACACCUCCACCACUCCCGACGCCACCACCCCGGCCUCCGGCGACACCUCCACCACUCCCGACGCCACCACCCCGGCCUCCGGCGACACCUCCACCACUCCCGACGCCACCACCGGCCCAGCCUCUGGUGAAACCUCCCCCACUCCCACCACCACCACCGUCCCUGCCUCCGGAGAAACCUCCCCCACUCCCACCGCAACCACCCCGGCCUCCGGCGACCCCUUAACCACUGCCGACACCUCCACCCCGGCCUCCGGCGACACCUUAACCACUGCCGCCACCACCACCCCGGCCUCCGGCGACACCUCCACCACUCCCGACGCCACCACGCCGGCCUCCGGUGAAGCCUCCCCCACUCCCACCGCCACCACCCGCCCGGCCUCCGGCGACACCUCCACCACUCCCACCGCCACCACCCCGGCCUCCAGCGACACCUCCACCACUCCCACCGCCACCACCAGCCCGGCCUCCGGCGAAACCUCCCCGACUCCCACCGCCACAACCACCCCGGCCUCCAGCGACACCUCCACCACUCCCCCCGCCACCACCAGCCCGGCCUCCGGCGAAACCUCCCCCACUCCCGCCGCCACCACCAGCCCGGCGUCCGGCGACACCUCCCCCACUCCCACCGCCACCACCAGCCCGGCCUCCGGCGAAACCUCCCCCACUGCCGCCACCACCACCCCGGCCUCCGGCGACACCUCCACCACUCCUGACGCCACCACCCCGGCCUCCAGCGACACCUCCACCACUCCCGCCACCACCACCCCGGCCUCCGGCGACACCUCCACCACUCCCGACACCACCACCCCGGCAACCGGCGAAACCUCCACCACUCCCGACACCACCACCCCGGCCUCCGGCGACACCUCCACCACUCCCGCCGCCACCACCCCGGCCUCCGGCGACACCUCCACCACUGCCGCCACCACCACCCCGGCCUCCGGCGACACCUCCCCCACUCCCCCCGCCCCCACCAACGCCUCCGGCGACACCUACCCCACACCCACCGCCACCACCACCCCGGCCUCCGGCGACACCUCAACCACUGCCACUGCCGCCACCACCACCCCGGCCUCCGGCGACACCUCCACCACUCCCAACGCCACCACCACCCCGGCCUCUGGCGAAACCUCCACCACUCCCACCGCCACGACGAGCUCGGCCUCCGGCGAAACCUCCCCCACUCCCACCGCCACAAGCAGCCCGGCCUCUGGCGACACCUCCACCACUGCCGCCACCACCACCACGGCCUCCGGCGAAACCUCCCCCACUCCCACCGCCACCACCGGCCUGGCCUCCGGCGACACCUCCCCCACUCCCACCGCAACCACCAGCCAGGCCUCCGGCGAAACCUCCACCACUCCCACCGCCACCACCGGCCCGGCCUCCGGCGAAACCUCCCCCACUCCCACCGCCACCACCAGCCCGGCCUCUGGCGAAACCUCCCCAGCCACCACCAGCCCGGCCUCUGGCGAAACCUCCACCACUGCCACCGCAACCACCAGCCCAGUGUCCGGCGAAACCUCCCCCAUUCCCACCGCCACCACCGGCCCGGCCUCCGGCGAACCCUCCACCACUCCCACCACCACAACCAGCCUGGCCUCCGGCGACACCUCCCCCACUCCGACAGCCACCACCAGCCCGGGCUCCGGCGAAACCACCACCACUCCCACUGCCACCACCGGCCCGGCCUCCGGCGAAAUGUCCCCCACUCCCACCGCCACCACCGGCCCGGCCUACGGCGAAACCUCCCCACUCCCACCGCCACAAGCCUCCGUCGAAACCUCCCCCACUCCCACCGCCACCACCAGCCCGGCCUCCGGCGACACCUCCCCCACUCCCACCGCCACCACCAGCCCGGCCUCCGGAGACACCUCCCCCACUCCCACCGCCACGACCGGCCCGGCCUCCGGCGAACCCACCGCCACGACGAGCUCGGUCUCCGGCGAAAGCUCCCCCACUCCCACCGCCACGACGAGCUCGGUCUCCGGCGAAAGCUCCCCCACUCCCACCGCCACAAGCAGCCCGGACUCUGGCGAAACCUCCCCCACUGCCACUGCCACCACCAGCCCGGCCUCCGGCGAAACCUCCCCAGGCGAAACCUCCCCCACACCCACCGCCACCACCGGCCCGGCCUCCGGCGAAACCUCCCCCACACCCACCGCCACCACCGGCCCGGCCUCCGGUGAAACCUCUCCCACUGCCACUGCCACCACCAGCCCGGCCUCCGGCGAAACCUCCCCCACACCCACCGCCACGACGAGCUCGGUCUCCGGCGAAAGCUCCCCCACUCCCACCGCCACGACGAGCUCGGUCUCCGGCGAAAGCUCCCCCACUCCCACCGCCACAAGCAGCCCGGACUCUGGCGAAACCUCCCCCACUGCCACUGCCACCACCAGCCCGGCCUCCGGCGAAACCUCCCCCACUCCCACCGCCACCACCGGCCCGGCCUCCGGCGAAACCCCCGAUCUCUGUCAAAACCUCCCCCACUCCCACCACCGCCACCACCCGCGCCGUCUCCGCCUGGCCUCUGGCGAAACCUCCCCCACUGCCACCGCAACCACCAGCCCGGAGUCCGGCGAAACCUCCCCCACUCCCACCGCCACCACCAGCCCGACCACCAGCCCGGCCUCCGGCGAAACCUCCCCCACUUCCACCGCAACCACCAGCCCGGCGUCCGGUGAAACCUCCCCCACUCCCACUGCCACCACCAGCCCGCCCUUCGGCGAAACCUCGCCCACUCCCAACGCCACUACCAGCCCGGCCUCCGGCGACACCUCCCCCACUCCCACGGCCACCCCCAGCCCGGCCUCCGCGAAACCUCCCCCACUCCCCCCGCCACCACCGGCACGGCCUCUGGCAUCUGCCUCCAGCGGCACCUCCGCCACUCCCACCGCUACUACUAGCCCGACCUCUGGUGAAACCUCCCCCACUCCCACCGCCAACACCAGCCUGGCCUCUGGAGAAACCUCCCCCACUGCCUCAGCCACCACAAGCCCGGCCUUCGACGAAACCUCCCCCACUCCCACCGCCACCACCAGCCCGGCCUCCGACGAAACCUUCUCCACUCCCACCGCCACCACCAGCCCGGCCUCCGGUGUAACCUCCCCCACUCCCACCGCAACCACGAGCCUGGCCUCCGGCGAAAACUCCCCCACUCCCACGGCCACCACCAGCCCAGCCUCUGGCGAAACCUCCCCCACUCCCACCGCAAGCACCAGCGCGGCCUCCGGCGAAACCUCCCCCACUCGCACCGCCACCACCAGUCCGGCAUCUGGCGAAACCUCCCCCACUCCCACUGCCACCACCAGCCCGACCUCCGGCGAAACCUCCCCCACUCCCACCGCCACCACCAGCCCGGCCUCCGGCGCCUCCGGUGACACCUCCCCGACUCCAUCCGCCACCACCUGCCCGGCCUCCGGCGACACCUCCCCGACUCCCACCGCCACCACCAGCCCAGCCUCCGGCGAAACCUCCCCCACUCCCACCGCCACCACCGGCCCGGCCUCCGGCGACACUUCCCCCACUCCCACCGCCACCACCAGCCCGGCCUCUGGCGAAACCUCCCCCACUCCCACCGCCACGACGAGCUCGGUCUCCAGCGAAACCUCCCCCACUCCCACCGCCACCACCAGCCCGGCCUCCGGCGACACCUCCCCGACUCCCACCGCCACCACCACCUUGGUCUCCGGCGAAACCUCCCCCACUCCUUCUGCAAGCAGCAGCCCGGCCUCCGGCAACACCUCCCCCACUGCCACCGCCACCACCAGCCCGGCCACCGGCGACACCUCUCCGACUCCCACCGCCACCACCAGCCCAGCCUCCGGCGAAACCUCCCCCACUCCUACUGCAACCAGCAGCCCGGCCUCUGGUGAAACCUCCCCUACGGCCAGUGCAACGACCAGCCCGGCCUCCGGUGUAACCUUCCCCACUCCCACCGCCACCACCAGCCCAGCCUCCGGUGUAACCUUCCCCACUCCCACCGCCACCACCAGCCCGGCCUCCGGAGAAACCUCCCCCACUCCUACUGCAACCAGCAGCCCGGCCUCUGGUGAAACCUCCUCUACGGCCAGUGCAACGACCAGCCGAGCCUCCGCCACCACCAGCCCGACUCCCGGCGACACCUCCCCCACUCCCACCGCCACCAUCACCAGCCCGGCGUCCGUGAAACCUCCUCUACUCCUACCGCAACCAGCAACCCGGCCUUCGGUGAAACCUCCCCCACGGCCAGCGCAACGACUAGCCCGGCCUCCGGUGAAACCUCCCACAACUCCCACUGCCACCACCAGCCCGGCUUCCGGUGAAACCUCCCCCACUCCUCCCACCAGCAGUCCGGCCUCCGGGGACACCUCCACCAGUCCCGGUGUGACCACGGCCUCCGGGGACACCUCCACCACUCCCGGUGUGACCACGGCCUCCAGUACCAUGUCCACCUCUUCUGCCGCCACUACGAUGACCUCCGAUACCACCACCACCACAGCCCCUGGCACCACCUCCACCUCUCCCACCACCUCAACACAGAGCUCAACUCCCACACCAUCCAUCUCUUCAGCUGUACCUGCAGUCGAUUGCCAGAAUGGGGGAACCUACGAUGAAACCUACAAGAAAUGCCUCUGCAAGAGUGAAUUCAACGGGCCGCUCUGCCAGUUUGCCAACGACGUGAUAGCCACCAACGUGAGUACAAUCAAGGCUGAGGUGGACGUUCAAGUGAAGGUGACCAACCAGAACUUCACGGAGGAGCUGAACAAUAAAUCCUCUGCAGUUUAUAUUACGUUCGAGAACAAUUUCAAAGAGCAGAUGGAUGUGGUGUACGAGGGCGUGACUGGGUACCAGGGCGUUGUCAUCCUGAACCUGAGGCAGGGCAGCAUUGUGGUUGACCACAGCGUGACCAUCGAGGUCCCCCUGAGCAACAAACUCGACGCCACGUUGGAGUCCGUCACCAGUCAGGUGGUGAAGCAGCUGGAGGUCAUCAACACGACGACGGGGAACUGCGCAGACAAGCUCUGCUUCACGGCUCCACCCAACCCGGUCCUCAAAAACGCCACCACCACCUUCUCGGCGGCAGAUACCUGCAGGCAGAGCGUCCCCCAGGACUUCGCCCAGUACUACUUCCCGAACAUCACCGAGAAGGGCACCCUGAACUGCGUCACCCGGUGCUCCCAGGACCUGCCAAAUUCCCUGCACUGCAACUACGGGCAGUGCCAGCUGAGGAGCACCGGGCCCCAGUGCAUCUGCGCCAACACGGAUGUGUUCUGGUACCCGGGUGAUCGCUGCCAAACCCGUGUCAGUAAGGUGGGCGUGGGCAUGGCAGUUCCCCUGGUCGUCCUGUUCAUCGCCGGCAUCGUCCUCGCCGCCUUCCUGGUCAAGGCCAGGAGACGGGGGUCCAAAGCCAGCCUGAACAGCUCUGUGGAGCAUCUGGAGGAUUACGAGGAGGAAAUGAGCAUCUCUGGCGGCGUCAUCAUCAAGAACGAAGGAGCCUCGUACAACGGCAGCGGCAGCAGAGGGACCUUCAGCCCUCACCUCUCGGCCGUGGACCCCGCCAUCCCGAUGCACAUCCGGAGGCCGAAGCUCACACCCAGCACCACGCGACUGAAUGCGCUGAUCGAGGGGGAGAGCCUGGCUGAUAAAGAGCGACCAGCCGGCCGGUGGUGA